AUGGACAACUAUCCCAUGGCCGACGAGGACGACCAUGGCCCUAGGAAGGGCGGUCACAGUCUUCGCAAGCGUGCCCGCGUGGAUUACACGUUUGAGCACAUCGACGACGAUGUCCUCGUCCCCAACUCAACCUCGUCUGCCCGCGGUAGGAAACGCAGGUCCGAGGUGACUUAUGAGACGGAUGACUUCUACAACACCGACCCCAAGAGGCGAGGCGCCUCGAUGGGUGCCGAUACGCCAUCGACUCGUCGGAGGAACCCGUCACGCAAGUCGAGUGAGAUGAAGGCCUAUCAUGAGGCCGCCCUGGAAGACGACGACAAUGACGUACAAGACACGAUAGAAGUCGGCGCCUACUACUCAGACGCCGAUGAAUCAGAGUUCCGCGAGCCCAGUGGUUCAAAUCACUCAUCACCUCAAGCCAACAAGAUGUCACCAAAAACUGACCUGCCGGCACUGCCAGCCGGUCAUAUCCCUUCAAGUAACCCCAAAACGGAACACACAAUACCCGCUCCUCCUGUAGAGCAGAAGCCAUCAGGAGUGCCUCCUGCGGUGAAACCUAUGGAUGAAAUAUUACCUCAAUCGGCAGAGCCUCAGCCAGAUCAACUUCCCAAAGUGGAACCUCAACCGGAAGCUUCAGAUGCACCACAAACGCCCGCGCCGGUUGACCCUGUUGACACUGCAGCCGUUGAUACUGUCGACCCUGCACCUGUCGACAACCCACCUAUUGAUGCUAAUACUGCAUUGUCACCAUUGACAGUGCCAGCUAACCAAGAUCGGCAAAUUUCACCUGCUCAUUCACCAGCGCCCGAAGAGGUAGCAAACGGUGUACUUGAGGCACCUGUCAAUGAGAUUGUUCCCGAUCCUAUUGUUCCUCAAGAUAUUCCCACAUCCCUCUCCUCCGACAACACAGACACCGACCCAACCUCCUCUUCCAACGUCAUCAAGGAAGAAACAAAUCAUCAACCACUUCAUCAAGUUCCCCAAUCACCAGACCAGAAACCGCCAUCGCCAAUGCCUCAAGAGGACAAGAUGGAUAUCGACCCGGUCGAGAAACCCUCUUCCCCUCCCCCACAAGACGUUGAGAUGGCUGAGUCUGCUCCCCUCGUUCAAGAGCCCGCACUCGUAGCAUCACCAGCGCCCAUCGAAGAAGCGCCUGAGAAUGUUGCCGAGCCUGUCAAGACUGACACUGACGUCGUCGCCCCCGCACCCGUCCAGGUGAAUGGCGAUUCGACUGAUGCCGAACCCGAGGCUGAGCCACCAAAAGAAGAACUUCCAAUGGAGCUCCCAAAGGAGCUUCCAGAGGAAUUUCCCGAGGAGCCUCCAAAGGAAGAGCCUCAAGUCGAGGAGCCUCAAGUCGAGGAGCCUCAAGUCGAGGAACCUCACAUUGAAGAACCUCAAAUUGAAGAACCUCAAAAGGAUGAGCCAGAAGAUAUGGGCGCCACUGCCACCGCUACCGCUACCACCAACGACACUCCAAUCCCGGAUUCACCUCAGAUUUCUCCUGCCAAGGAUGAGCCCGUUACUGCUCCCAGUCCCGCCGAAAUCAAGGCCGCAACUCCUCCUCCCCCAGCCGAAACCAUUGAGACGCCAGCUUCUUCGGCGCCUUCAGAGACAAAAUCCAGCCCUCAGAAGCCCGUAGCUCCUCGACCUGCGAUGGUGUUUAAGCCACAGCCAGCGCCAGUCGGACGAUGGGCUCACCUCACGCCUUACAUCGAUGGCGAGUACGUCUUGUACCCUGAGAAGAAGGGUCGUUCCGAAGAGGAUGGCGCAACCGAUGAGCCAACACCUGAAGGCAAGGACACCGAUCGAGAAGGCAUUGACAUGGAGCCCAUGGUGGAAGACAACGACGACAAUGCAGAUGCUGCGGCUCCUGAAGCACCUACACCUGCGCUCAACACUCCCACCCGCGGUUCGCCUGUGCCUGAUUCGACAGAUCCCACAACUUUCAACUCGCCUGCUCCCGGUGGAGACGACGGUGAUGAUAUGGACGUCGGCGACUCUCAAGAACCAAACGAGCGUCGCUACUACAAGUAUCGCAAGCUCAGAGACCCUGCCGAGUACCUCAGUGCGAUUGAGGAUCACGAAAACAUGACGACCGAGGAACUGUUCGAAGUUCUCACUGCCAUCAACGUCUCUAUGGUUCAAUGGCAGCAGGAAUGGACAAGCCUGGGCAAGGUGGUCGAUGACUACGAAAACUCCCUUCGCCGACGAGCGGCUGAUGCCAAGUACGAAGCUCGCACUCGCAACCUUCACCAACACGGAGUCAACUAUGAAGAGCCUGACUUUGCCGUCAAGGGCUACAAGGCCCGCGAGAAGGAGAGCAUGAACGAGACUCGCUAUCUCCAGGGCCAGGAUCGUAUUAUGGCUUCUUCCUACGGCUUCGAGUACGACCCUCAUCCUUCCAAGAUUGGCAAGCAGAACCCCGAGACUCAGCAAGUCGGAAUAAUGACCCGCGGCCGAUCUCUUCGAAACCAACCUCGACAAACUGCCAAGGCCACCGAGACUGAAGAAGUCACUGGCAAGCGACAGCGCAAGCCAGUUCAGCUAUUUGACCCCGCCACACAGGACAUCAGCCGAAGCUCCACGCCUGCGCCGACCCGCGGUGGUCGCCGUCGCAAGGGCGCCAAUGGUGAGGAGGAGACGCAGACCAACCUUUCCGUCAGCUUCACAAACGAAGUGCCCUCGGAUACUGAGACGGCCCCCAAGACAAGGCGCAAACGAGGCCCUCGUGGUAAGGGUGCUGUGCCAAACAUUGUCGAAGACCUUGCGCCUACGCCUGACGCUGAAGAUACUACACCUCAGCAAUCGCCUGCCAAGCCUACUCGUCGCGGCCGUGCCAAGCCUGCCGUCAAGUAUGAGGAAGCAGACCCCAACGAGUUUGUUGACGAGGAGCCUCAGGAGGAGAAGCCACCUGUCCGCCGUCAUCUCCUCACCCUCAAGAUUCCCAAGGGAGGCAGCAAGCACUUUAGCGAGCCUGCUUCAGCCAUCACCGACAAUGGCGAGUCCCGUCCGACCACAGCCUCAUCGGAGGAGUCCUCGCACACUGCCGAAUCGUCCUACUCGUUCCGGCCUAAGCGACAGAAGCGUUUCCGCGACGACCCCGAUGAGACUGAAGAGUCUUCCCAGGCACCCCCCAAGAAGCGAGGCAAGCGAGCCAGCGCCGUCGGUAUCGCCAGCGAAGUUCCUUCUGCCGCCCCUACGCCUCUGCCUCCCGUCGAGUCGGCCCAGACCCCCAACAGCCGCAAGGUUCAGAAGAUCAAGGUUGUUCGGUCUGGCCUAGACACCAAGAAUGGAGCGUCUGCCCCUCCUCCUCCUCCCCCUGUCGAGGAAGGCGAGGAACCUCCGAAGGACUACAAGUCGAUGACCAAGUCGGAAAAGAUGUCAGCAUCUAUGAAGAACCGUUGGGCCAAUGGCAACAUGGCUGGCGCUGUCGAGAAGCGUAAGGCUACCCUCGCCGCGAAGAAGGCCGCUCAAGCCGCCGCCGAGCAGAGACUGGGAGUCGUGGCCCCCAAGCCCAAGGGUAAGGCCGCGGCCAAGCGGGAGGCUGCCAUGAAGUUGCAAAUGCAGCAUCAGAUGCAGGAACAGCAACAACAGGCACAGCAGCAGAUGAUGCAGCCGCAGCAGCCACAGAUGCAUCCUCAUCAGCACCAGCAUCCGCUUGAGCACCAGCAUUCGCAUGGACAUCCUCAGCAUCCGCUCCAUUUCGAGCAGCAGCCUCAACUUCACCAGCCGCACCCUCAGCAUGCUCCUCCUCCCCCUCCACCCCAUCAGCCUGGGAACCAGCCAUUCAUGCAUGGUCACGCGCACAGCCACAGUCACAGUCAUAGCCAUGGCCACAGCAUGCCUGGCAUGGGUUAUCCUUACCAGCAGAUGUGA